CACAUCCAUUCGAUGACGUAUUGUACAAUGUAAACAUUAUAAAGAAAUUUAAGGUUAUUAAGAACCUUUCUCUUGAACAAUAUUUAUAUUUUUCACUAUUUAUACAUAAAAUGGCCAACAAUAAAGAGAAAGACUACAGCUGUAUGCAUGAGAUUGCAAAGGCUGAAGAGACUGUGAAACAAACUUAUGCCAGAGUGGCAGGUCUAGAAAAACAAUUACAUGAUACAGACAUGCCAGAGGAGAAGAAAAAAAUGAUAAGACAAGAACUUGAGGAAGUUAGAAAAUUACUGGCCACCAAUGAAAGUCAAUUGGCUCAUUUGAGAACACACAAUAGGAAAUCAUUUUUGUUUAUAGUUUGUUUGCUGUUUAUUUGCUUUACCUUGUAUGUACUUUAUGUGCUGCUCUUUGGGCCUGAUGUUAACAAUUAAAAAAAUUGAAUGAAAACAGUAUUUCCUAAACAUUCCAAGCUGCCAAACUUAUGUACUUAUUUUAAUAUUUAUUGAGCAUUAAACAUUAACAAUUUGUAAUUUUUUAAUAAAACAAAUCCAAUGAUUCCAAAA